AUGAAGAAAAGUAGUGGCGAAGUUUGGAGAUGGAACAAAGAAGUUGAGAUGAAUGCAAUAAGCGAUGGUUUGAGAAAUUGUUGUUUCAUCGCUGUAGAUACAGAGUUCCCUGGAUGUUUAGUGGAGACUCCCAUAGAAGCGAGUGAGGAGUCUCGGUACACAGACAUGAUAUUUAACGUCGACAAUACCAAACUGAUUCAAUUGGGUUUUACGAUGUUGGACGGUCAAGGAAGAACCCUUGGAACAUGGGAGGUUAAUUUCUCUGAUUUUGAUGAAUCCAAGGACGUCAAGAACGAGAAAUCUAUCGCGUUUCUUAGAAGUCAUGGCCUCGAUCUGGACAGGAUAAGAGAUGAAGGAGUUGGGAUUAACGAGUUCUUCUGGGAGUUUUCUAACAUUCUUAUGGACAAGGACAAGAAGAUUAGUUGGGUGACUUUUCAGGGAUUGUACGACGAGGCUUAUCUAGUUAAAGGCUUCACCGGAGGAGGACCGUUGCCUGAGUCUCCACAAGGCUUUGCGGAAGCUGUCGAGACGCUUUUGGGAGAUGUCUUUGACGUCAAGAAAAUAGCUCGGCUAUGCAGCGGGUUAAGUAGCCAUUACGGACUACAGAAAAUAGCAGAUGCGUUUCAGAUGAAGCGUGUCGGAAAAGCUCAUCACGCUGGCUCUGACAGCGAGCUCACGGCUCGUGUCUUCACCAAGAUGGCUUGUGGUCUGCAUGAUGCCCAAAAGAGAAGGCAGAGUCUUUUUAGAGCUGAUCAGCAAUAUCAAGAUCAGCUUAUGAUGACUACAAGUUAUUUACCACAGCUGCCCCCGAGCCAGAUACCGAUGAACUUCGAUGCUUACCCGCCUUUUGGUGGUUACUUUGGGUUGCCGGCCAAGGAAUGAACUCACUAUGUAUGAUCUAAUGUU